GGGGUGCCGAAUGGAAUGCAACAGCACUCCGGCAACAUGCUGCACCACAGCAACUUGGGCCUGGACCACUCCGAUCUCGGUUUGGUGGGGGGCGUGCCGGCCAAUCACCAGGAUGAGGGCAACCACAGCCUGGAGGGCAGCAACAAGUCGCCCAUGGAGGCGCCCCUGGCCAACAGCAGCAGCAACAACAACAACAACAACAACAACAACGACAACGAUGACGAGGACGUGAUCGAUUGAAAAACGCUCUAAC